AUGUCUCGUAAUAAGCAGGAUGACGCAAUCGAGCUCGAAGAGCUUUUGGCAAACGAAGAAGGCUCCAAUAACAUAGCUCCUCAGGAGGCAAAUCAAUUGCAUGAAUAUCGAGGUGAAGUCAUCAAGCUCUACCCACUGGACUACCAAAAAGUACCCAUUGUGAGAUGGCAAAUGGCUGCAAGUCUUACGCUAUUCCUUGUAUUGGGUCUCAAUGAUGAGUGCAAUGGUGCCCUCUUGCCAGCCUUGACAAAGCACUACAAUGUCUCAAAAGUACAGGUUGCGAACCUGUUCAUCGUCCAGUUUCUGGGCUACUGCACUGCUUCCUUGCUGACGCAAAAGAUACACACUGUGGUUGGUGCCAGAGGCGCCAUGAUGAUGGCAGCUGGACUGUGCGUGCUGCUAUAUACGGUCCUGCUCCUGAAACCACCCUGGUUUGUCCUCUACGUUGCAUGUUUCCUGCCAUUGGGACUGGCCAUCGGAAUCUUGGACUCCGUGUGUAACGUGCUGUUUGGGAACCUCGAGACUCAUAAAAACGAAUGGAUGGGCGUGCUCCAUGGUCUUUACGGUGCAGCUGCGAUGGUGACAGCACCUGUGGUGUCUUAUUUUGUCAAGUACAGUCAAUGGAAUCUGUUUUUCAUCCUACCCUUGACCGUGUCUUUCGUGGGACUCACUAUGGUGCCUUUUGCGUUCAAGGACGAAACUGCCAACAAAUAUAAUUAUUUGUGUGAAAUAAGUCGCGAAGAAGGCGAUGACGCCCACCCCAGCUUCUGGUCCCUUGUUCGGAGACCGGCGAUCUACAUGUAUGCCAUCUACAUGUUUAUAUACCUUGGAUCUGAGGUAUCGACGGGAGCGUGGAUCUUCAUCUACCUAUUAGAAGUAAAAAAAGGUGAAGUCAUAUCAAUGUCGUAUGUGACUGCUGCUUUCUGGAUGGGCCUAACAACAGGUAGACUUGUUUUAGGGUUCGUUACGAAACGUUGGUUCAAGAAUGAAUACAGAGCCUCGGCUUUUUACACAAAGUUUUGCUGCCUCUUCUACACGGGUUUCCUUUUUGUCACAUAUUUCUCUGGCUCCUCUACUCUCUACUUCGUGGCCGUGUCACUAAUGAUUUUCCUUGGAGGAGUCUUCAUUGGACCGCUCUUUCCCAAUGCUAGUGUUGUCGCGCUGCAAGUUCUGCCCAAAAACAUGCACGUUAGCGGAGUUGGAAUUGCAGUGGCAUUGGGAGGUUGUGGCUCCGCAAUUUUGCCGUACUCUGUUGGAAUCAUCACACAUUUGAUAGGAUUUGAGUGGUUUCCAUUUUUGUGCUGGAUUAUGGUCGCAAUGGUAGCACUAGUUUGGUUUUUAUAUCCCAAGGUGAUAAAGGGCCACGAAGAAUAUUUGUAA